AUGUCCGCUUCACGGUUGCCAUCUUCUCCCUCUGUUACUUGUUUUCUCCUGCUUUUGAUUCAGGCCUCUAUUGUCCAUACGGCCUCAAUUCGGUCAAUCAACAUUUUCAAAGGCCCGGCUCCAGCCCCAGAGGACGGCCCUCCACUUUCGGCUUCUGCGACUCGCGAUCUCAAUCUCCUCUGGAGAGAUAUUGUCGCCAUAGUAGGCGCAUACGUCGGCACAGUGGUUAUAUUCCUGGGCUGCCUUCUCACAACGGGGAGACGGCUAAGACGUAGCGCGCAACAGUCCAACCGGACUCUUGACAUGGAAAUGGUCAAGCCGCAAAAACCGACACUUAACGCUGCAAUAAGCCCCGCAACACCAAGCAGACUUUGGCUAACUCCAGAAAGCGGAGUAGAGUCUCAUACCUGGCCAAGCCCAAAGAAGGGGAAAUCCACCUUCAGCAUGCCUUGGUCAAACACUUCUAGGAGUCCUACGUCGCCGAUCUCCCAAACUGGGAGUAUGGCCACAUUCGAUGAGACUGUCGUUCAAGCGGACCGAAUAAAAGCCCAAGAUGAAAUGGAGCGGCUCUACGCCGCUGUUAUGGAGCAUGACGCAAAGCAAUCUCGUUCUGUGUACGAUACGAACGAAGACGAUAACACUUCGCCCGUACAGCAACAAGCCACAUCAUCCUCUCCUGAAUCUAUUGAAGUGCCUCCAGAAUUUCGACAUCUAAGACAGCCUGCACUACCUGUACUACCUGUACAUCCACAGCAGGCCCGAUUGAAGAACCUGCCCACAUUUCCACCUCCCAAAGAUCCUUCAGUGCUCCAAGUACAGCGACAGCAGCAUCAGCAAUUGCCCUCCUCGCCUCUAUCGCCAAUGGCUCAUCGGUUAUCGAGGCUUUCUAAUCUUUCAUUCCUCAGCUCGCGUUCUCGUGACACUACGACUAGCGGAAAAGCCCGAAGGAAGUCGGUGCGAAAUCUUCCAAUCUCACCUCCCAUGUAUUCUCCUGAACUGACGUCGAGUAACUGUUCUGAAACCCAACCGCUAUCACCUCGGAUAUACACCCCAGGACCUCCUCCACUCAAUCCAGGCCAAAAAUCUCUUGACCCCCCACCCCAGAAAGCCCCAACGCCUCUCAAUAUCAGAACCGGCAGUAGUAACUCGACGCUACCAUUUCGCGCAUUCUCCUCGCCUGCAAGUGCUACACCAACUAAAACCACGAUCGUUGAGCGUCGGGAGAGCAUGUUGAGGGCUGGUGGCCCUCGAACGGGGGUCCCGCACACGCCAUAUUCCCCUUACAUGCCCUUCACGCCGAUCACCCCUAUUACUCCUAGCCAUGUAGUAACCAGGAGAGAGUGGAAACAGAAAAGGAAGGAGAAUGGACUGCGAGUACAACAGGAGGAAGAUCUAGUCAUGAGCGAUGAGGAUAUGUGGGGAGCAUAG